ACGGCUAAAAUGGAAUCACUGUUGUGAGUGGCAGUCUGGGCAAGUGAAGCCUGCCUCCCUUGGCCUGCUCCCUUUUGUUGGUGCCAUUCACCUCAGUCUACCCCUGAGGCAGGUGGAUUUCCAUGUCUGCACGGACGAGGAUGUAGGGCUGGGUGGGGGGCAGAAAGGCAGAUAUAUGUACAGUUUGUUUGCACUGCCUAACCGUAGCACCCGUGGCAACAGGGUAACCUGACAGAUAAUAUUUGCCAAGGUGCUGGCAAAUAGAGUUUUGGCAUGUGUGUGGAUGUUAUUCAAUUUGAAGUUUUCUGUUGAUUUUUCAUUUGACUAAGCCCAAUCAGAAUAUUCAAUGGCACGAUUAGUGAGAACACAAGUUGCAUCCAUCGGUAUAUGUUUUUGGUUUCUUCUGAAAAAGAGCAAAUAUUUGUUUUCCGCGGUUAUAGAGAGGCCAAAUGUUUGUGGACUAUUUCAAGUUGUUUUUACAGCAACUUUUUUAUGCUUGGAAAAACUAAAAAUAUUGUCUACAAAAUGUACUUUUUGUUUUUUUUGGAACAAAUUGUCAACGAAAACCAAGGUACCACAGUAUGCCCUUUUUAGGUCAGCGUCACCAUGGUCAGGUCCCAUUUGAUGGCAUGCCCUUUGAAUGCUAUACGUCUUGAUGUAAACUUCCAGUCAGUAUUUUAUAAUGUCCAAGUUCAGGACAUCUGCCUUAAGGUUGUGGUGUGGAGCUCCUCAGGGUUUUGUACUUGACCCAGUUUAGUUCAACAUUUGCGUGCUGCCACUGGGAAAUCUCUUCAAAGUUUCAGUUUUAAUACAGAUGAUACCCAAAUUACCCAGUUUGGCUGACAAACUACCCCGAGGACAUUCAUACAUGAUGAUGGCCUAAAUUACAUAAAAAAAAGACACAUACUUCUCCUCACUAUUGUGUCAAUCUUCCAUACGUUGUCCAUCCACUGUAAUUCAAAAUGUCAUUUCUGUCAAACCCCCCCAUCCAAAAAAAAAAAUCUCCAUUUGUACUUUUCAUUAUGACUAUUAUUCCAAACCCCUUCCAUCUGUCUUCAGUUAAAAGAUUCUAUUGUCAGUGCAAUUAACCCAAAACGAAGGUGCCACGGUUUUAAUGGGUACUCGAAAACGAGACCAAAUUACACCUUUGCUUUCAGCGCUGCACCGCCUGUCUAUUCAUUUUACAAUUAUUUUACAUUUCCACUUAUUUCAAAAUUACUGAAAUGUGUAUCACAUGUGUAUUUUUAGGGGCUGCUCCAUGUCCAAAACUGGUUGAACCUUAGUAUCAAGUGAUCAUCCUACUCUAUUAAACACACCAUUAUUCCAUUAGAAAAUACAGGCAAGAAUGCAAAAGACAAAAAAAAACCUACUCUUUCAGGGUUUUAGUCACACUAUUUGGCACACAUUCUAAAAAUGACAACGGUAUUUGACACGCUCGUGACUGGCUCAGUACAGAGGUCACUCGAUUUAAGCCGGAUACUUUCCAUCUGCGGGUUUUAACUAGUUUCAAAGCGUGAGUGGUGUGUGGAGAUGGGCAUACUUCUCCUUUUGCUGGGAUUAAUCAGAAAAUUGAAAAGCUAUGACGCCACUGACUUUAGUGUGAGUACAUUUGACGGAGAGCCCAAACAGACAUUUCACACUGGUUCAACUCCGAGUACUCGUUUGUGUGACCUGAAAUGACACCAUUUAACUUCAGUGUGGUUGUUUUUUUUUUUCUUUUUCUUUUUCAGGAGUCUUUUGUGUCCAAACUUUAGCAGACGCCCGUGCACGUACAGUAUAAUAGCUGCUGUGUAAAAGCUUGUCUUUGCAUCACCAAAAGCAGCCUAUCACAUGAUAGUGAGAUGAUGUUAAAUGGCGUGCUUGUGUUUGCAAUGAAUGUCUUGUGUGUUUAAUAUGUUUUUUUUUAAUUAUUAUUACAACUUGUAAGAACCGCGGGACGUCUUUGUGUUUGCGCUUUUGGAGGCAACAACAAAAAAAACAAGAACACACACACACUUUCUCUCUCUCUCUCACAUACACACACAGAGUGCAUUAAUUAAUGUGGAAUCAAGAUAAUUUUUAUAAGGGUGUGGUUUUGUUGCCCAGUGACUCGGAUAAGAGAAGAGCUUCCUUCAAUACCAAUAUAAUUUUGAUCCUUGUUGAGGAAUUGCACACAAGACCGUCCAUUUUUUUUUGUUUUAGGCUGGCAUGGAAAACUCUUCACACAUCUGUUGCAGCAUGUCGGAGAGCAACACAUGAUUUGGGAAGAGAGGACUGACAGCCUUGCCUAGCGCCCGGCCUCUGUUAAGCCAUCUCCUGAAGCUUGACCCGCACUUCAUCACCAGUCACACUAGCAUCUUGGAAACACAGCGUCAUCUAACUGUCACAUCAGUUGCAAGGGGAUGACCGAGCGCAUUCAUAACAUCAACCUCCACAACUUCAGCAAUUCUGUACUUGAGACCCUCAAUGAGCAGCGCAAUCGUGGGCACUUCUGUGAUGUGACUGUCCGGAUCCAUGGAAGUAUGCUGCGAGCUCACCGCUGCGUGCUGGCCGCUGGAAGCCCCUUCUUUCAGGACAAGCUGCUUUUGGGCUACAGCGACAUUGAGAUCCCCUCUGUGGUCUCGGUGCAAUCCAUCCAAAAGUUGAUUGACUUUAUGUACAGCGGGAUUCUGCGAGUGUCUCAGUCAGAGGCACUGCAAAUCUUAACUGCCGCCAGCAUCUUGCAGAUCAAGACCGUCAUCGAUGAGUGUACCCGAAUUGUGUCCCAGAAUGUGGGCCUCGCCGGCCCGGGAGGCUUCCCCGUUAUACCAGGAGACUCUGGUCAGGACACCCCCCGCGGCACGCCUGAGUCUGGCACCUCUGGGCCCAGCAGUGAUGCCGAGUCAGGUUGUAUGCAAGCAACGACCCAGCAGAACAUGGAUCGGGCAUACACGUCUCUCUACUCCUACACCGGCAUCUCCAACGGCACCCGCGACCGGCCCCUUUACAUCAACCCCAUGGCAACAAAUUACGACCCAAGUGUCAGCGCUCAGAAGGACCAGCAGUCGCAGGAUCCCCCCUGGAUGAACCGUAUCCAGGAUAGAUCCCAGCAGGUAGACCGCUUCAUCUCCACCGCCGAGUCCACCCACUGCCGCAAGCAGCCCCGACCGGUCCGCUUGCAAACAGGUGGGAUGCACAUCAAGCAGGAGGCUGACGAUGAGUACAGCUGCUACAACAACACGGGGGACUGCCAGGAUGAGCACGAGCAUGCUGAGAGUGAGUCCAAGGUGGAGAGUUUGGACUCAGGGGUCAGCUCCUCCAUCAGUACUGAGCCAGACGCCAUGGAGCAGCAGCCCUACCUGAGUGGCUUCAACCGAGAUGGGGCGGGAGAAGGCCACCAAGGGGAUGGCGGUCCGGUGCAGAUUGAGGUCAAUGACUCGUCCCCGGAGCAAGCCCAAGAGCCCGAGGAGGGCGACGCCGGCCACAGCACUAGUGACAGUAGCAUGAUGCAGCCACUGCCCAACCCCAUCAUGCCCCACUCCCUGCCCAGCACGCCGCAAUACCUGCGGCAGCCCGAGUCACACACCAGCAAUUUGAGGAUGCCGCACACCAUGACCAGCAAUUCCCAAGUGAUCGGCGCCGCCGGAAGCACCUUCUUGCCCACACUCUUCCCCCCGCAGCCGACCAGAGACAACAAGUCUUUCCUUUACCUUCCCGGCCAGCAGCAGACCCAGUUUGUGACGGUGCCGCCCCCUGCCAUGCCAUCAUUCCCCAACGCCAUGGCUGUUCCGCGGGCGGCUGCCCAGUCACAGCAGCCUGCUGGAGCAAUGGGUCAGGGGGAGAAGAAGCCCUAUGCAUGCACUCUCUGCUGUAAAACCUUUACUGCAAAACAGAACUACGUCAAACACAUGUUUGUGCAUACUGGAGAGAAGCCUCACCAGUGCAGCAUCUGCUGGCGCUCGUUCUCCCUGAAGGAUUACUUAAUCAAACACAUGGUGACCCACACAGGGGUGCGGGCCUACCAGUGCAGCAUCUGCAACAAGCGCUUCACCCAGAAGAGCUCUCUCAACGUCCACAUGCGGCUGCACCGUGGAGAGAAGUCCUACGAGUGCUGCAUCUGCAAGAAGAAGUUCUCCCACAAAACCCUGCUGGAGCGCCACAUGGCCCUGCACAGCACAGGCAGCACCCUCACGGGGCUGGCUGGUGCCGCCGGCCCUCCCGGCCCGGUCUCCAUUCCCAUCACCAUCCCCAUGACCGUCCCCGAGCCGGGCGCCGGGGUGGUAGCCGUCGCCAUGUCCGUGAGCGGAGGUGCGGGAGAAGGGGCCAUGGUCGGAACGGGAGUGGGCGUGGCCGCAGAGGCGAGCUGCCAAGACGGGACCACCUACAUGUGUUCUGUCUGCCCCGUCAAGUUUGAGCAAAUGGAGCACUUCAACGACCACAUGCGAAUGCAUGUCUCUGACGGAUAAGUACAAGUAGAUAAACUUCUCGAAAAGAAUGACAAACAAAAUGGCACUAGAUUUUCCUUUUCUUAUUUUGAGGUAUGAAAAGUAAUGAGUAUAGACACUGGCACAUUAAGUUUCCCAAAAAAAAAAAAAGAUUUUCUUUUUUGUUAUUCUAAAUAAACAAAAAGAUGGUGGCCUUAAGGCUUAGUAGUUAGAUAUUGAUCUACUGGAUGGAUCCUAACUACAGGCCUCUAAAUGUAUGAUUUCCUAAAAUACCGAUUUAUGUGUUGAACACUACCGAAAGGCCUAUGAAAGAAACACAUACACACAAACACACCGUUAGUGUAGAUCUGUCUGAGCGCAUACACAUGUGCGUUGUGUGUGGAUCUGCAUGUGUCCCAGUGUGUGCGUGCAUAUGCGUGUGUGCGUGUGAGUGAGUGAGAGACGCCAUUUAAAAUGGCCGUUGUGAACCCAUACUGACCGGUUUGGAAAAGAGAGAUGUCCAAACUUACUGUGGUAUAAUUUACAACAACAAUAACAAAAAAAAUCAUUUGGUGUGGGGCUACAUAUUCCCUCCAAAAUACUGACAGUCACAUGAUUGCCUUCUAAAAACCAUUAAAAAAAACAAAGGAGAGUAGUAAAUUUGACACUGGGUUUUAUUUAUUCCUAUGUUAUUAAGGGAUUAUAAUGCAGCUGUUGAUGAGGUACAAGUUUCACUUCCUGUCAAAGACGGCAGGGCAAUGAUUUGGUAUGUUUUUGUAAUCGUCCAUGCAUUUUGAAUGCUUCAGUUUACUAAAUUAGGCUGUUGUUGGUGAGACAAGCAAAAAAAUAAGUCUGAACUCAUUUGCAAACACUGCCACUAAUCUCCUAAAAGACUGUUAAGGCUGCUCCUAACACAAAAAGACAAAUCUGUGUUCCUUUUUUUUUUUUGGAUAUUUCUUUUCUGCAGCCAGUUUCCAUUCACAGUCAGAGCAGCAACUAAACUCUCUCCUUCAUAUUUGCUGCUCCUCCACUUACAUCUGACUGUUAUGGCUGUAGAUUUUCAAGACAAACUAAAUUUUGUCACUUAAACUAUUGUUGUUAUUGAUUAGUCUACAUGGUUUCUCAUUUUCUGCUUCAAUUAUGUAUAUUUGGGGAUUUAGGCUGGCUGUUGAUUAGAACAGUGUUAAAUUCACUUUGAAUGCCAAUUUGUUUUGGAAAUAAUUGCCAUCGUGAUUGUGGACUAAAACCUGUUCAUGACUUUUUGCAAAGCUGUUUUAGUGAUGGGAGAUAAACGCAUUGCUCUCCGUGUGUGACAGCCUGCAACAUUUUGAAAGGAAACAUCAGAGCAGAACCAGUAGCUCUCCCACUUAUCCAUGUUUUAUAUAUAUAAGUAUAUAUAUAUAUAAAUACACAUUUACAUGUACCACAACUUGUGGGUGGACUUUCUACAUGAUAGUAUACAUUCCUGUUUUCUUUUUCUCUAAGAACACACAUGUACAGAUUAGAUUUGGAAGCUUGUGUGUGCAAGAUGUCAUCCAUGCAUCGUCACAUCACUCAAAGCUGAUAUUUGGAUUUUAAUGUUUUCACCACAAAUAGGACACUCACACACACAUACAGUAUAUACGUAUAUAUAUAUAUAUAUAUAUAUAUAUAUAUAUAUAUAUAUAUAUAUAUAUAUAUAUAUAUAUACACACACUGUGUGCAACUGCAAUCUGAAGGAUUGUGUUGCUAAAAAAAAACUGCUUCACAGUGCUGCAGAUAAAUCACACGUUAAAAAAAAGUGCUACUUUGCACAUUUUCUUAAAAAUGCCUGUGCUUAAUAUUUAAUCAUUUUUCUUAAAUAAACUAUGAUUUAUUUUUUUUCUUUUAUUAAAUUUCAAAGGCGGAAAAAAAAACAUUUUUAAAAAAAAAUCUUGAUAAGUGGACUGCAUUAUUUUCUUGCGUAUAUGUUGCACUGCUUAAACCAAUAAGUGCACUACUGUUAACAGAGAUAUAGUUUUAGAAAAGAGGAUUUUUUAAAAGAAAAAUCUAACAUUUGGUUGUAGAGUUCACGUGUAUUAGCAUAGCUUUGUUUCGAUUCUGACGUCUUUCAGCGGUUCUUGGCUUUUGUUAUUGCUUGCGGUUACAGUAUAUCAACACAUAUACUGUUUGUACAGUACUUGUGCCGUUUUGAUGCAAGCGUUUAUUUAAAUUUGUAACAUGACGUGUGCUCAUCUGUUUCUUUUUAUUUUUAUUUUUUGGGAGUCACUUCCUGUAUAAUUCAAUCGCAUUUCUUUGAGACAAAUUUUUCCUACAAGCCAAACAGUGAAAGAGCAACAGUAAUAAUAACAGCAACUUCUGUCUGACUUGGUGGAAGUGAUAAUACCUAUUAGCUAUUAUCACGCUAUUAAUAAUAAUACAUUUAUGGUGUGUAUGUGUGUGUAACAUAGCUGAUAUACGUGUCCUAGUAGAACUUUUGGGUGGUUGUGGGAAGGUGAUGGAAUGCAGCUUCUUUGAUAGUAUGUGUCUGUGGGUUUGUGCACCGUCGUGUCCUUUCCUUCCUUUAGUGGGUGUCGUCGUGUGUGUCCGUGUGCUCUUUUAGCCGAAUCAAACUGUUGAUAAGCGAACUAUCUUGACCUUGUAGGGCUUCCUUUGCAAUAUGCAGCACAGGUACAACACGAGGAGCAGCUUUUUUGGGCUCUUACGACACCUUAAAAAAUAAAAAAUAAAAAAAAGAGGCUACAUUUCGUCCAAAACACUUUGAUUUCCCAUUGGCCCGUCUCCUUGAUAGUAAGCUUAUAAGCCUAAAAACAACAACAACAAAAAAAAACAACCCUGGUGUGGUCCCUGUCUUGUAGCUGUCGCUGCCAGGAUGGCAAAUGUGCUGCAUGCUAGUGCUCUAUUUGUCUCGACACAGCACGUGGAGGGUCAUCUCUUGCCUUAACAGACAAUGCACUAAAUAGUCUAUGUAAGCAAACUGCCGAGUUCUCCUUUUCCAACAGUAUUGCCACAGUUUUUGGCACAAAGCUUAUGGUGUUUCGUCAGUCUAGCACCAACACUGCCAAACUAACAUCAUCUUUCCACGCAGAGGCAGACACGUUUUCUGUGUAAUAUACGUAUUCAGUGAUUUAGCAUUCCGUCAUGGCACCUGCUUUUUUUUGUUUUGGCAUAUUUUAUGUAAACACAUAUAUCCAAUGCACUAUAGACUGUAGCUAGAUGAGUACAACCAGCUUUGUGGUAUCAAUGGUCUAAAUAGUAGGUUAAGUAGCUUGUUGUUGGCUUCGGACAAUAUUUCAUUUCAGAAUGACACUAUUAAGAUUUGUUUUUGUUGUUGUUGUUGUCGUGGUUUUCUGGAAUGAGAAGUAGCCAAUGUCUGCGGAUGAGGGCUAAUAACUCAUCCCCGUCAUCAGAUGACUUGUAUGAUAAGGGAAGGAGUCCGCUUCUUCUUCUUCUUCUUCUUCUUCUUCUUCUCACCAGUGUGCUUCACUUUCACUGUCCAUAGUUAUACAGUAUAUUCCUUAUUCUGCUUCAAAUACUCAUGGUGGUGCUUCACAAUCUUUUCUCUGUGUUGCAACGACAAAAAAAAAAGGCAAAAAAUAGUUUUCUUAAAAGAGUUGCAGCCCUUGUCAGAAAAGAAGGUUCUUUCCUCAUUUCUUCUAGUUGUAGUUCCAGGAGAUUUUCUGUCUUCAUUUUGGCAAAGUGUUGGCAUAUUUUUCCAGAACAAACCCUAUUGAAUGGUAGAUACUAACCUUGAGCCUGCAGCUGUUUUGUAUUGUGUUCUCCAAUAAUAUGACAUGUUUUGUUUAUCUUAGCAUAGAAACGCAGGGUCUACAGUACGUUCUUGUCCUUUUUGCAGUACUCACUCAUUCAUUCUCGACUCCAUCCUUACUUUUUUUGUUUUUUGUUUAUUUUUUUGUUCCCAGUUUGGCGACAUACAUAUACUAGCUUGGGUGGAGGUAUAGAGUAUAAUUCUUCACGGUGUAUUAUAGUACAGUAUAUGCUUUGCAUUGAGGACAGCUUCAUCGUAAUGUCUGUCUUCCUGGUUUGUCUCCAUCAGUCCACUUUUUUUUCUCUUCAUGCUUGAAUUAAGUCACACAGUUAAGAAUAGAACCACUCAGAUGAUACAUAACGGCUUUUCUUGAAUUGCUUUAUCUUCUACAGCCCACACCGGUGUGAAACAGAUACCUUCUUACGGAUAUAUAUAUAUAAUAUAAAUGUAUAUAAAAGAAUCACCAUCUCCACACAGUAUAAUACCUUGUGUGAUAUAGGGAAUAUGCCUAUCAAGUGCCUAUCAGUACGUUCAGCAACUAUACAGAAUUUUCAUAGUUUUUCUCUCCUACAUUGCACAGAUACGAUAUAUACACAAUGGUCUAUGUAAUUACAAAUAUACUAUUUAUACUAGUCAAACCAGGUGGUUGUGAGUGCAUCCGAACCCUUUAAAAUACCCGAAAUGUUCUAUUCAUAUACAGUAAAGACAGGUUUUAUGUUGUUUAACAUGUACGGAGGAUUCAAAGAUAUCAAAUAUGCACAAUCACUUCCAAAUGUUUAACGUCUCCUUUCUUUUCGCACGUUGCUUUCUGAGCUGUGUGAGCGAGGGCGAUGGUGAUUUGGGACCGGCGGAGGGAGCUACAUGAAUGUAAAGAGUUGUUGGUAAAUAUCAACAAACUCUGUGUUGUUUAUAGCUGUUAACGCAGAUUUUCAGGCCCCCCUCCCCCUGUCUGUGUCAAAGUCCAGCGUGUGCCCUUCGCUUGCAAGCCCAAAUGAUGAUUCAUGCUUUAUCUUAUCAGACGCCGUUAUUGCUGAUGUACAGUCGUGCAAUGGAGCGGCGUGCAAAAAGAAACCGGCUCAGAGAUUUUUAUAACCCCCCUCUACUUUGGAGGCACAGUCUUGAAAUCAGAUUACAAAUUGAAUGUUUUGGAUACAGAUUAACACACACACACACACAGGAUUAUUGCACAAAGGUCUCGAAGGUGCUUUGUGUCAGGAAACAAAUACACACAAAGUAAAUGUGGCAGACGUAACGUUUUAGGACCAAGAGGACGGCUGUGAGAUGUGAGAUUAAAGGUUUUGGACCCACUCAUUAUUUUUGUCCCUCGUGGACUAAUUACCACACUUUUAAUUACCCAACCUCCUCCAGCCUGGUCAACUGCCAAGUUUAAGGGGAAAGACUUCAAACAAACCCCACUAUUGUUAUUUAGGAGAGAGGAGUAUCAAAGACACUCUGAAAAGAAAACUAAUAUUUGUACAACAUUAAAGACUUUUCUACAAAACAUUUUAUCGAAUGAGAAUAACGGAAUGUUGUUUUUUUUAGAAAUAGUUUCGUAAAUAUACGAGAUUAGUACAAGAAGUCGGAAUGUUACGAAAAUAGUCUAUUUGAAGAAAAAGUGCUUUUUUUCAGCACGGAAUAUUGGGAGAAAGAUUGUAAUCUAUAAAGUCGUCAGUGUUGGAAUCAUCAGUGAAAACAGUUACGAGAAUAAUAUUAUUUUCAUUUUUUAUGAGAAUAAUCUUUAUUUGAAGGGAAAAAAUUCUGGGGUUUUUCUUCUAUGAGAAAAAUAUUUGUAGAACUUACAAGAAUUGUACAUUUUUUCAAAGUCAGGAUUAGCUUUUUUGCAAGAAAAAUGUGUUCUGAGGAGAAUAAAGGUCUUACAAUCGUGACGGAAAAAAAUCAUAAACAUGAUUAAAAAAAUCAUUUUUCAGAACAAAUGCUCUUUAAGAGAGUUAAUCAAAUUUUUAAAAGAGUGUGUUCUGAUGAAAUUCUAAAUCGUGUGAGAAAAGUGCUAUAUCAUGAGGGAAGAAAGGUGCAAUAUUACGGAAUAAAGUCAUAAUGGUAAUCAUCAAUGUCAUUAUCAGAGAAGAAGAGAGAAAAAGGCAUAAUCUUACAAGAAUAGUCAAUAGCUGUCAGGUUUUUUUUCUUUUCAAAUCAUAACGUUUUGCGUAAAAAGUACUUUUUGAGAGGGAAAAAAAAACAAAUCUGAGAUUUUUUGGGGUUUCUCUAAAAAAAUGCAUUAGGAAACAUUGGAAUUUUUCCAUCUUUGGACAAAAAAACUUUCAAAAAAGGAAUAAAGAGCAGUCUCAGACAAGCAGCUGCUAACAUUUCAUGAGUUUUUUUAUAUUUGCUGGUUAAAGAACCAGUUUAAUCUUGUAGGAUUACGACUUUUUCUCCUGGGGUAAAAAAUCCCACCCUAUCUAGUAAAAAAAAAAUCAAUUUAUUAGUAGUUUAUAUUAUUUCAGUGUGGCCCUGAUACUCCAUAUUAGUAAAUAAGAAUUUAAACAUCCACAUACAAUACAGCAGGUCAUACCAAAAAAAGUGAUUGCUUUCAGUUUGAUUCUUUAAGUCCUCCAUGCUACAUAGCUAUGUUACUACUAGGAGAAAACAGCUAUGAUUAUAACAGAUCCUUUUUUUGGAAAGCUUGGUGUCAUAGACAAAAUAAAAUAAGCAUCAGUGAAAUAGGCAACGUGAUAUAGCUCGUCCCUGUCAUCCACUACCUGUCAAUCAUACACACGCAUGCGACAUCCACUCACAUUUAAAUGUCAGUCAUAUUUGUCUCCCAUUAUAACGUUAAACCCUUUUCGUCCAAAAGCAUGCAGUCCCAUAUAAGACUCCACAGCUCCUCUGCAGGGUAGCAUUCUGGUUCAGUUCAGAACAUUCCCACUGCAGCAACAAUCAUUUUUUUUAUUUGACUGAUUUUGCAGCAAAUUCAAAUAAAUGUAUAUAUAUAUUUUUGGGCCACAAGUUAAAAAAAAUUAUGCUUAUUGAUGUUUGGCCACAACAACAACAAACAAAAGAUGUCUGCACUGUUUGGUCAAACUUAACAGACAAUGUUUGUUCACACAAACCAAAGAAGGUAUUAUGGAGAAAAUAACAUUUAUUUUCUUGUGUUUGCUUUUAGUGGCAGGGAGCUUAUAAUGUUUGCUUGUGUUUGUUUUGUGCUCGUGAUCAUUUGUUGACCAAAUUAGAUUUUUAGUAAGAAAUGCAACAACAAUUUCAAAAUGUACACAGACACACACAAUGGAAACAUGCGUUCUUCCUUUUCAUUGGACAUGUGCACUACCCCAAACAUCGUAGACCCCAUUACAUUUACAUUCAUAUUAUUUCUAUGUUAUUUAUUUGUCUUUCUUAUGGAUCUAUACAUUUUAAAGGCUAUCCCAGAAUUAACAAAACAGCAACAGAAAUACUUUUCAGCCAUUUAUAUACUUGAGAUGGACCAAGAUGUUGAGUUUGCACAUAUUUGUAGGUCUAAGAAGCCAAAAAAAAAACAAAAACAAGUAGAGACUAAUCAUAGGAAGUGAUCUUUGUGAUAAAAAAAAAAAGAUAAUUCAAACCAAUGUGGUCCAAAAUUGUAAUCAUUUAAGACUUGUCUAUUUUUUUUUUUUUUUUAGAACGCAACAUCUUCAAAUGUGUUUGCAAAUUCUUAGCAAGACUUCGGUAUAUUUUAUUUCAUCCAAGAAAAGAAGUUGAAUUGCUGUAAUCGGUGCAGAGUUAAAAAGAUAAAUUGCUCCAAUUGGACAUUUUAAGACGUGCACCUUGUCAUCGUUUUCUCUUUUGCUGCCAUAUCUUGUCUAUGGAUGCGCUUUUGUAAACAUGUACUUGACUUCGACUGAGAUGUUGCUUUUAAAUGUGUAUAUUUGUUUCUGCCUGAAUUAGCUUGCUAUCUUAUUUUUUAUUAUUAUUGCCGCCCCUUCCCCCCCAACCCUCCCUUAAAAAAAAAAAAAAAAGCAAAACUUGGCAGAAGUGGAGCUGUUGUAGUCAACGGUAGUUCAACAUCAAACUAAGCAACCCUGAGAUAAAUGCUGCAGUAAUGUGUUUUGAAGUUUGUUUUUGAUAAUUUAUCCUCCGAGUUUGUAUGUUAUUCUUCUUUUUAUAGUUGUUAUGAAACAAGCUUGUUUGACUGCUGUUGUUGAAAUAGGGGAAAACAUUGUGUUUGAAAGUAUGUGCAAGGGCGUUUAAUUUUUUUUUUUUUUUUUUUAAUAAUAUGAUUUGUCAAACACUGGACUGGAGUGAGUUUUCCAACAUUUCCAAGUUGAGCGAUAUAUUUGACAGACGUAACUGCACAGGCGGCGCCCAACAUGAUUGGGGGUGUGGGGGGGGGGGGGGGGGGGUUAGUUGUUAAAGAAUGACGUCAAGACAUUUCCUUUUAUUAUUGCGAUGUACGUAUUUGGGGUAAGGGGUUUAUACCUUGACUAGGGAUGGGCAUUAUAGUGGAUUUAGGCACUUUUUUGGACUUUUGCCCACAAUCUGUAUUCGCACCAAUUCAUCUAAUCUAAUUGCAGCUUAUUCUCACUAGGGUCAGGGGUAUGCUGGAGCCUAUCCCAGCUGUCUUUGGGCAAGACAAACAACCAUUCACAAUCACAUUCAUACCUAUGGACAAUUUGGAGUCGCCUAACAUGUAGGAUUUUGGAAUGUGGGAGGAAACAUGCAAACUCCACACAAGCAGAGAAUCUAACCCAGGUCUCCUCACCACUUGUCCACUGUGCGAUCUUGGACACACAUCUUUCUCUGUGCAUCCUAAAGAUAUAAAAACAGACACCUCAUUACUGCAUGUAAUGGGAAACUACUUUUUCCGUUUUUAAAGCCAACAGCGCUUUUCCGAGUUAGAAAUCCCCUCCCAUUUGAAAUACAAUCGAGAAACUGGCAUGCACUACUACUGACAAUCCUCCCUUCUCCUCAUGCCCCCCCCCCCCCCCCCCCCCCGACAGUUAACCGGGCGCCCCCUACUAUUUGAGAAACCCCGAUAUAAUGUGACGUGCAUAUUAACCAAACUACAGCGACACUGUUAUUAUUAACAUUGUUACACCGAUUAAUCUCCAUUACUGCCGUAUUGACACCUUGCCACAAAACACCGGCUAGCUGCUAGCUGGCAAGCAACUACUUUGGCCAUACUUUGGCCCGCAGCAUGUCAGUGCCGCUAUCUCAAUGCAUCAAGCCGCCACCAAUAAGGUUAAGGCUACAUAUUGGUGCUGCCGCUUUUUAAGUUUGGAAAAGUUAACGCAAGGUGUCGGCAUUGGUGUCCUACAAUGUCACAGCAUGUAAAUGAAACCAUAAAAACUUUUUGGAGGUUAUUGUUAUUUUGGUAGCGAUCUUUGUAAGUGGCAUAGGUGUCUAUUUUUAUCUGUUUUUAUAUCUUUGUCUUUUAUAGCUUUAAGUUUGUUUUUUAGUCGCGGUCUUUGUAGACGGCAUAAGUCUCUUUUUAUCCGUUUUUAUAUCUUUAGAACACACAGAAAAGAGUGUUGUUCAGGCUUUUUCCUGAUUACGGAGUUGCCACAACGGAUCUUUUUGAGCCCUUUAUAUUCCGGAUGCCCUUCCUCACGAAUACCGAUGAUGCUUACUAGAGGAGAUUCGAACACGAGACGUCAGCUCCAAAGUCCAGAACUCCAAACCAAUACACCACAGUGGGCUCACAUAAGGAUUGUGGAUGAUGGGCAAAAUUCCAAAAAUUGUGCAGUUUCCCUUUAAGAAUUGUAUUCAUUCGUAGGAAAAACUGUGUACUACUUGGCGACAAUUAGUAGGGGGCACUGUGGACUCAAUCUCUAUGAGCUACAUUAACGCAAUACUAGCAUGGAAGCAGGAGUUGAGAACAUUCAGGGAACGUUACUUCAUGUCUUUAGGCAGUUAGAGCAAAUUGUGCGUGACUAUAACAAACAAUUGGGAAUUACGUUGAUAAAAAUGACAAAAUAGAGUGCAAUACUUGGCUACUACCAGCAGAGGCACUGUUGGCUCUGGCUCAACACGUUUGCCAUGAAAUAAGAACAUCCCCUUAAAAUAGUAGUCUAACAAAUACUCCAUUUAAUACUCCAUUUAAGUCUUGUUCCAUUAAAAUAGUUACAAAAAAAAUGAUUUAAGAAAUGGACUGCAUGACUUGGCUCCGACCAGCAGAGGCACUGUUGAGUGCGACUAACCUCCUAAAGAAGGCAAUGUGACACACGGCUCUUAUCUCGUUUAAAAUUGUCAUUUAGCAAGUAAAUCAUUUGAGAAUUUUGUUGAUAAAAAUGUAAAAAUGGAGUGCAGUACCUGGUCUGGAGCAGCAGAGGCGCUGCUGAGUCUUGACCAACUGGUUUCCUGUCAAAGUGCCAGCAGAACAAUCAGUGAAACAAACAUUUAGUGAUCCCAAUCCAAUUUAUACUUUUAAUAGUUUAAUAGCUCUGCUGCCUGUAGCAAUGUGAAGUUGAGCAGUUACAGGUGUGGAAAGAGGAGUUCAGAACAUUCAGCAGCGAUAAAUGAAUGCUGACUUAGGUCCAUGGUGAAAAUGCCCAUCCCUACCGGUUGACAGCUAGCGUUUAGAAGACGUGAUAAAGGGAUCUAUUCCAUGUAACGGACACCUUCUUGCUAUGGUAACAGCGAUACGACUCGUGGUCUCAUUGUUCCACUUUCUCAACCCAGAAAAGACAUUUGCACUAUAGACUCAUUUUGGUCUUCUUCUUCUAAAAAGCAAUAUGAUCCACUUAACACCUUUUUGAAACCAUAGCAAGUGUGGCUUGUUUUGAUGGCGUCCAUGAUACAGACUGAUGUUAUCCACUUUUGAGGGGCAUAAAAAGCUGUUGUUUCCUCCUGGGAAUGUUUCUGUUUUUGGACAAAUCAAAGCAGAUGACUGAGAUGGGAUGUAAUGAGGGAAGAAGGGAGUUUUCAUCAACAUAAACCCAUGAAUAAAAUGGCAUCUUAUUUGUAUCUAGAAUAUUCCAAAAAUGACAUAGCACCUUUUGUGAUAUGAAACAUCAUUGGCUGAAUCCACCAAAACUUUUGACGUUGGGUCCCACAUUGACUUUUUCUUAUUUUGAAGUGUAUAAAAAAAAACCCGUCAUUGGGCGUAGUAGCUUUUCCCCCCCACCGCUUUUUGUGGUGUUGCGGUUUGUCUGAAUAUGUUGCGUGUUCGAGGAAGCAUAAGUACGUGCCUUCUUGUAAUCUCCUUGUUAUUAUUGAGAAGCUGAAGCCAGCCAAUUGUGUUUGCACUAAAAACCAAAUUGCUUUUGUUUUUUCGUGAUGUAGACUAUUUAAAAGCGAGCUUGUUGCGUCACUUUAAAGCGUACGGUGUGCAUGAGGGUGGAUUCGCUCAUCUGUCGACCUGUAAAACAAAACCAGUGCAGCUUCUUGAGGAUCUUGUGAAUAUAUCUCGGCUUUCAGUUCCAUCUCCUUUAAAUCAUCCAGUUUGUUUCAAUUGUAAAAAAACAACAACAAAAAACACAAAAAAACACAAAAAAAGUGAUUCAAAACACCAUAACUACAACAAUACAGCUUUUACUUUCACAUGCCACAUUAAGAGAGUUACAUUCAUUUUCUCAAUUCACAGGAGCGCAUGAGGUCGCCUCAAGACUAUUAGUCAAUUUAAUUUUAUUUUUCUUGUAUUUAUUACAUAUUUUGUUGACAUCUUGGAAAAAAAAACGUGACGUGAGUCUUAAAAUGCACCUUAUUCAUGUCAGUCCAUGUGGCGAAAACAAAUUAGUUAUUUUUUUUUAAGGCUGGCGAUGUAAUAUCUCUAAUUUAGCACCUUACUACACAGCAUGUUUUCACUUUAUGCCAGUUUAGUGCUUCUUUUCAUUUGGAAUCUCAUAUUUCUCUGACUCGUUCAUUCGUGGGAUGUGCCAAAGUUUGGAGGCGAUCUCCCCCAAGUGUUGACGCUUAUUAUUUUUUUCUUUUUCCUCCUCUUCCUCCUCCUCCCUCCUGCUUGGGUUUUAUCGCAAACUUUCCUAUAACAAGUGUGUGGAAUCAAUUUAUCUCAGCAAACAGUAUCAUAACUUGCCAUUUUACAAUAAGCCCUGUAUUUCACAUAUAUUUACCAGUGGUGUGUAUUUGUUAUAAAGAAAAAUAGCCGUAAAAGCUUCAUUAUGUUACACAAUAUUGUGACUUUUUUCGAAAAACUGUGAAGACUUAUCUUGCAUAUACUUUAUACAGAAGUAUUAAGCCUUAAUACAAAAGACUAAAAAAAGUGUGGAAGAAUAAACUGAUUGUUGCUAAGUAAGGAUGAUUUUUGUAAAUGUUACCAGCACUUUUUUUUGUAAUUUUCACUCUCUGAGGUAUUGUACAAGUUCAAGCUGUUUGUGAAGUUUGAUUAUGAAGGAAUAAAAACUAGUACUUUCCUGUACUUCACACCAUG